AUGAACAUCAGAGGUCGUUCAGACAAUGGCCCUGGUUUCGUGGGCAUCAAAUUCUGUCAAGAGUGGUAAGAUCAGUGGAAAAAUGAUAAUGUUUGAAAGAUGAUAAGCUUUUACAGUAUAUUGCAGGAGAUCGAUGAUCGAUCAAUGCCUCAUCAAAAACGCGGUUUUCUCUCAAUGCAGUUUGUGUAAAAGCACCUUGUUUCUGGGCUUGCUUAAGCUUGCACCGUAUUUUUUCUCCCCAGCAACAACAUGUUGUAUCCCAAGGAGGACAAAGAAAACAAAAUUUUAUUGUAUGCCGUAAGUGUACUCACUGCUACAUUUUCAGUUUUAUACACUUGUAUAUAAAUUAAACAGCAGUACACACUUUAUUUUCUUCCAACUUGAGGACAAUAGAAGAGCUUUUAUACAGUCCACACUAUCUUCCUGUUUCACAUUUUGGAAUUCAGUGUGGUUAAAUGAAAUACACAAUAGGUGCGGUUACACUGGACACUUUUACUGCGGUAAAUUGGUGUGGUGCUUGUGACCAGACCUUUCCAAGAUAAAUUUACCAUGGAAAAUAUCCAUGGUUAAAUAAAAAAGAAGAAGGAAAUCACCCGUGACAUUUAACGUGGUAAAUAGCUAGGGUUUUUCGAUACCCAAGGCAAGAGAGCCAAUCAGAUUUGUUUCUUUGUUUGACACUAACAUGAAACAGCAAAAAUAAAAUUGCUUUUUUCAAUGGGUUUCUUUCAUGCUCUUUAGAGGAAAAUCGAUGUUGACAUAGCAGAUUUCACAUUAAGAUCAAAGUAACAGGAAAUUUUAGGAUAAAUUUUGAACUGGUUCGUUUGGCUAGAUUUAGGAAAGAUAUUUCCCAAAAAUACGUUCUAUUACUGGCAUGUAAUCGAAAAGUGGAAUGCUGCUGAACUGUAAAGUGAAUUCUUUGGUCAAGAUUUAAAGAAAGAAAAAUGCUGUUUACCUUAUUACUUGGCAAAUUAUCAGGACUAACAUCAGUGCUGUCAAUAAGGGCUGGUAGCCAGCCAAAACCCACCGGCUAGUUAGCCAUCCUUAGCCGGCUACUUUCAUUUCCUUCUACCCCUGCUAACAAAAAAUAAGCACCAUGGAAUCAAAUGGUAAAGCAUCCAUUUUCCAGUUUUGAAUGACACUGAAUGCAUAUUUAAACAGGUUUAGAUCCGAGAAAUUUUCAAACUGUGCGAUGUCGUGAAACACAUGGGACAUUUUGACUGCAUUGUUCCCAGUCUUGCAAGUAUUCUGACAAAGCAACAAGGCGUCCAUGGUGGAAAAUAGUCUUGAAAAUCUCUGCAAAUGCCCUUUCCGAGACUCUAAAUUUCAAAAUGUCCCUAGAUGCCUCGGCCCUCAAGAACUUGUACAGCUUACCUUUGAUGUGAGUUCCAAAGCAGCCUACUAUUCAUCAUCAUCUGUUGAUUGUAGUUUCUUACCAGCACUAACAUCAUUAGUGACCAAAUUUGGAAGAAACUGAUACACAGUGUAAAAAAAUUUGACAAGUGCACAGCUGAUUUUCAUCUCUCUCAGUAUUCCUCUUUAAGUAGAAAGGUUACCUCAAUAAGGUAUGAGAUAUAAAUUGGCUGCUUUGUUGUCUUGACACAUUGUUCUGACAAAGUUAAUAAGUUCUAUUUCUCAUGUAUAUAAAAAAAGACACUCAUUUUGAUCUCAUUGCAUACAGUAUUCAAGAGGUAUUAAUUUUAUACUGAAGCACUUACAGAUUGUACUUAUUACAUGUAUGUCCUGAAGUGAUAUCUAUGUUAUUUUUUUAGUGUCGGAACUGUGAUUAUCAACAAGAAGCAGAUAACUGCUGCAUCUAUGUAAACAAAAUCACUCAUGAAGUCAAGUAAGUAUACAUACUGUACAUGAUUGUAUUCAAAGUAGACAGACUGCAAAAUUAAAUGUCACGGUGAUUGCCUAGUUCAGACAACAGGCCCCAUCUAAUUUGUAAAUAACCCAGUUGAUAUUGUGAUGUACUGAAUCAAAUCCCCUUAACAGGGCUGUCAUCAUGCUACAUCAGGUGCAGUUACAUGGGACACUUUUCCCGUGUUAUAAAUGACUAUUUUACCGCGUGAAAUUGGCAUGGUGCUUGUGACUGGACUUGUCUGAGAUGAAUUUACCACAGGAAAUAUCCAUGGUUACGUCAGAAAGAAGAAAGAAACUGCCCAUGACAUUUAAUUCCGGUGGUAAAUAACUAGGGUUUUUCGAUACCCAAGGCAAGGGAGCCAAUCAGGUUUGUUCGAUUGACACAACUAUGAAAAACCACAAAGAUGUUUAAUGGGUUUCUUUCCUGCUGUUGNAGCACAACAAAAGCUUACGUCUCGUUCUGUUUAUCCCUUUCCGCUGUUGUUUCACGGGCUCUCUACCGUUUUCUUUAUCGACAGUGAAACAAACGAAACUAUUCCCACUCCAUUUCCGAAAUGUUUAUCACUUUUUUAGCGAGAAAAACUCUUUGAGUAAAACUUUUCUCGUUGAAUGUGUGCGAAGCGGCGCUGCAAGCUGCAAUAAAAGGCGGCAAUUUUGGCGCGAAACCCACACACCUCUGUGCCUUCUGAUUGGACGUAUCAUUUUUCUCACACGUGAAAAAACAUCGUUCGCGAUUCUGAUUGGACGUAUCAUUUUUUUUCACGUGUGGAAACCAUCGUUCGCUCCUCUGAUUGGCUAGAACUAAUUUGCGUACGAAAAUUUACGACAUAGCUUUUUGGUGAGUAUUUCUCAGUAUGUAUAUAAUAAAUGAUUAUUUUACCGCGUGAAAUUGGCAUGGUGCUUGUGACUGGACUUGUCUGAGAUGAAUUUACCACAGGAAAUAUCCAUGGUUACGUCAGAAAGAAGAAAGAAACUGCCCGUGACAUUUAAUUCCGGUGGUAAAUAACUAGGGUUUUUCGAUACCCAAGGCAAGGGAGCCAAUCAGGUUUGUUCGAUUGACACAACUAUGAAAAACCACAAAGAUGUUUAAUGGGUUUCUUUCCUGCUGUUGAGAGAAAGAUGGAUGAUGACAUCGUAGAUUUUACGUUGUAGAUGAAAGUAACAGGAAAAUUCUAGGGCAAAAUUUUGAACUGGUUCGUUGGGCUAGAUUUAGGAGCGAUAUUUCCAAAAAAUAUGUUCUAUUACUGGCAUGUAAUUGAACAGUGGGAUGCAGCUGAACUGUAAAAUGGAAUCUUAGGUCAAGAUUGAAACAAACUCUGUGUACUUUCGCUCAGGACUAACAUACCAGUUGAAAUUUCAGCUAAAUUAUACGAAAAUGUUAUGUAAUACUGCCAUGAUCGACGGCGACUAUUACUGCAAUAUCACGAAUGAAGCCUUAAAAGCGGCUAAAUUACAUGUACCUUGAGAAUUAAUUUACGUGUUUAUGUUACCAUGGUAAACUAAAGCCACAUUGAAUUUACCACACCUUUUUGUACCGUGGUAAGUGCCUUUUACCUUGGUGUGUCAGUAGACCGCACCUAUCGUACAUGUACAUGUAGUUUCAUGCUGACUGGCAUGAUAAAUUUUCCAGUUUCGAAUUCAUUGUGGCUUCUAAAUAGAAGCAUUGAAGACUCAUUUAUACAGGUUUAGCCUUGACCUAAGGUAAAUACCGGUAUAUUCACAAAUUCCAGUCAGAAGAAGACCCGUGUACAACUGUGUCUAUUGUUUACUUAAAUUCAGGCACCUUCUUGCCGAUAUUUUUGAAUAUUUUACAUUAAGUCAAGGCUAACCAUGUACAAAUGAGUCUUUGGCACUUUUAUUCUGCCAGCGGCCACAACAAAUUUGAAACUGGACUAUUAGCAUGACUGUAGCUUGACUUGAUUUCAGAUUUUAAAUUGCAUUCAGUCAAAUGUUCAUGAAACUAAAAAGCCCCCUUUUUGUUACAUAGCAUUUACAUGACAUUUAUAGUUUUUAUAUCAAAUGAAGUUUGGCACGGCAUUAGUAUGAUUAGCCUGAGAAAACAGCCAACAUUUUGCAAUGCUACUGGUGUUUUUCCUGAAAAAAGUGGCAUCUUACCCAGAUCUGGGUAAUGCUGAUUGGAUGAAGCACAUUUCCAACCAAUCAGAAGCUCUACCCAGAUGUGGAUAGUGCACAUCGUCAGUAUGGAAUUUCUGUGCUCGUUUCGCAGACAUCAUUUUUCGGGGAAACCACCAGUGGCAUAGCGAAACAUUGGCUGUUUUUCUCAAGCUAUAGUAUGACAUUUGUGUUGUGCCGCUGCUGUUCUUGUGUGGCAUAACUGAGCUUGCUUGGAACACAUCACUCACAUGACUUGGUUUUGAAUGUCAUGUUUCAAAAACCUAUUGUCAUGUCAGACUCUUUUGAACAAGUCUAGGAGGCUUAAUGCCUCUCAUACCCCAUCAAGGGAGUUGUUUUCCUUUGUUUACCACUAUCCAUUUGAAGAAAGAAUCAUGCAGAGCCUGCAAAAAAACUGAUUGAUGGAUGUUUUUCCUUAUAAUCUAUGCAGAAAUUAAGGGAUUGAAAGCACUCUUGGGAAAAUAACAGCUGUACAGUCAAACCCUGAAAUGGGCGUACACCUGUUAUUGAUCUGUUCUGUAGCCCUUGGGCAUGCAACAAGGGGAGUAUUUCACAUAUCCCUAAUUUAUUACAACAAAUUUGCAUGUACAGUGUUGUAGGAUGCAGUUACCAUUAACAGUAAUAUUUUUUGACUUUUGAUAUAAUUUUUAUUUUUUUAAUUUUACUUUCAUGAACAGUGAACUGACACAGAUUGUUACGGAUGUGACUGCUGACCCAACAUUACCAAGAACAGAUCAACAUGAAUGCCCAAAGUAUGUUGUUGCUGUAAUGAAAAUUAGAUAAUAAUAAUAAUAUUAUGAUUGUUAUUGUUAUUAUUACUAUUAUUAUUAUUAUUAUUAUUAUUAUUAUUAUUAUUAUUAUUAUUAUUAUUAUUAUCAUUAGCAUUAUUAUAUAGAUUUGCUCUUGUCUCAACUUUCUCAAUGAACUUGUGCAAAAAUGUUUGCUAGACAGGCUACUUUCUAACAGGAAAAAAACCGGGUUUAUCAUUUUAUUUUUUGUUUUGUUUUGUUUUGUUUUGUUUUAUUUUUGAAUCAUUCAAUUAGGGCUUUUGUAGUGUUUGUUUACAGUUAGGUGAUUUCUAUCUUGCUAUUUUGGUUAAGGUGUGGCCACCGAGAAGCAGUGUUUUUCCAGUCCCAGUCCAGCAAAGCAGAUGUAAGUGUUUUCUAACCUAUACAGAUAAAGAUGUACGGUGAUUCUGUGUUCGUAAACCCAUACUGACGUUGGGAAAACACAAAAAACUUGUAACAAUUUUGUUUGCUGUUAUUUUCCUUAGUCGACACCAUAGCUUUUAAUAGUAGAAGAGACUGGUUUUAAAAGGUGGCAAACACCAAGGAUAAUAACAACACUGCUGCAGUUUAUGUUGGAGCUCCCUGACGGUGCUCCAUCGUUUGUUUUUUGUUCAAAAAUUGUGACAGAAUAAGUUAAUGCGACGUUAAACUGUUAAGGGUGAAAGUCGUUACAAGAAUAAAGAAUAACCCAGCCUGAGAAAAACAGCCAACAUUUGGCGACGCCACCAGUGGGAAACCAGUGGUGGCGACUGAAAUGUGGGCUAUCAUCCAGGCUAAGAGUACAUGUAACUUUACUUUUAAUUUUUCUUGUCAAAUGCUUUAAAUAACAAGCAACUGACCAUCCAGUCUCUCGAAAGUAAUAUCAAGUAUUACCUGAGAAAAAGUAUACAAAAAUAUUAAAAAGUAUUUUUUUAUAUCAUUCACCCACUCUAUUUUUGUUUUGGCAGCAAAUGAGAUUGUACUAUGUUUGUACAGCAGUGAACUGUGGUAACAGAUGGACUGAAUAAGCAGUCAAAGUCAAAGUGAAAGAAAAUAUUUAUUGACUUCUUUUUGAGCGUCUCAUGUUUGUGGAAGAAGACGAAGGACGAUGCCGUGCUCGCUUUGCAUCACCAGAAAGAUGUUCUUCAUGAAACUAUUUCACUGAUGUACACCGUAAAGCUCCGCAUUCCGUUUGUAUUUUAAUUAAAGACCAUAAACUUUUUUUAUGAACAAAGCUUCUUGUUUUAUAUCCAGUCUAGUGUUUCAUUUCAUGUAGUUUACGUUAAAGCUUGGUCGAACGAUCCAAAUAAUUGUAGGAUUCUCGAGUGAUUUCCCUGCCUAAGUGUUACACGUGUAAACGGGGCUACUUCACAACUUAUUACAGGUUCACACUGGCCCUUAAACCUGCUUUAAUAAUAACAUGAAAAUGUUUAUUUGAAUCAUUGUAUCCGGCCAAAACGAAGCUCGGGACGCUAAUCAGAAAGAGUUUAAAGAAUUAAAUGCCUUCGUCUUUCGCUUGGACUUACGUUUGUGCUGCGUCAUUGUUUUUCACGCGAAAUAAAAAACAGCAAAAC